AUGGGAGGACAGAAAGAAAAAAAGAACACUGUGAAGAUACCUCUUGUAAUAGAAUUGCAUCGUUCGGGCAGGCAACACAAGGAACGAAUUUCAUUCAACAAUGUCAAUGGUCAAGAUAUUAAUGCACGACCUAUAGUGACCUUGAAUCCUAUUUAUACUGCCAUCAGUUGGAAUAGGUAUAAAUGUGAAAGGAGGGAAUCAAAGCCCUUGCGCAAUAUUCCAAUCAUCAUAUGGCAGAUCAAGAAACUUCAAAGGAAGGGCAUUAUACAGAUCCCCUCACUAAUUAGCACAUCUAACAAAAAGAAUACGAUCAAGAUAACAGACAAGGAUAUUAAUGCACGACCAAUAGCAAUCCCAAAUCCUAUUUAUACUGCCAUCAGAAGGAGCAGGUCUGCUAAUUUUUUUCACGUCCCUUCCAGAAAUAUGAAUGGACUGAAUCAAAGCCCUUGCGCAAUAUACCAAUCAUCAUAUGGCAGAUCAAGAAACUUUAAAUGA